GGAGCGGAUCGCAACCCGGAGUCCGGAUCCGACCCCGCUCGGCACAUUCCAAAGGUGGCAGCGAUGUCUGAAGAUGGCGGCGAGGAGAUCAUGUUCAUCUGGUGUGAGGACUGCAGCCAGUACCACGACUCCGAGUGUCCCGAGCUGGGCCCCGUGGUCAUGGUCAAGGACUCGUUUGUGCUGAGCAGGGCUCGGUCCUCCCUCCCCCCCAACCUGGAGAUCCGCCGCCUGGACGACGGGGCGGAGGGCGUGUUCGCGGUCACGCAGCUGGUCAAGCGCACGCAGUUCGGCCCCUUCGAGUCCAGGAGGGUGGCCAAGUGGGAGAAGGAGUCUGCGUUCCCACUGAAGGUGUUCCAGAAGGACGGGCACCCCGUGUGCUUUGACACCUCCAACGAGGACGACUGCAACUGGAUGAUGCUGGUGCGGCCGGCGGCGGAGCCCGCGCACCAGAACCUGACGGCCUACCAGCACGGCAGCGACGUGUACUUCACCACGUCCCGCGACAUCCCGCCCGGCACGGAGCUGCGCGUCUGGUACGCCGCCUUCUACGCCAAGAAGAUGGACAAGCCCACGCUCCGGCAGGCCUGCGCCGCGGGCCAGGCCGCGGGCCCCCCCGAGCCCAGCGCUCCCCCCGAGCCCGAGCGCGGCCAGUGGGCGUGCAGGGUCUGCUCCAGCUCCUUCUGCGAGCUGCAGCUGCUCAACGAGCACCUCGUGGGCCACUUGGAACAAGCCAAAAGCCUCCCGCCGGGCGGCCAGCAGGAGGGGGCUCCGGACAAGGAGCCCGGCGCGGCCCGGGGGGAGCCGCCCGCCGCGCCCGAGAGCGCCCGCGUCCAGAGCGCGGGGACCGCCAAGGAGCCAAAGAAGAAGCCUCGCAGAGGGAGGAAGCCCAAAGCCUUGAAGGCGGAGCAGCCCGCGGCCCUCGCGGAGGAGAAGGGGCCUGCGGAGCCAGUGGCAGAGACCAUGGCGGAGGUCCUGCCGGGUGAGCCUGCCAGUGCCGCACCUGACGAGCGGAUAAUGGAGCUGGUCUUGGGGAAGCUGGCCACCUCUACCAACGACAUCAGCUCGGUGCCAAAGUUCGCCCACCACGGGAGCGGUGCCCUGGCCCUCAAGAGGGGCCUGGUCCUGUCCAGCAGACACGGCGCGCGGCGCAGGCUGGCGCGGCAGCUCGGGGAGCACAAGCGGGUCCACCAGUGCGGCACCUGCAGCAAGGUGUUCCAGAACAGCAGCAACCUGAGCCGGCACGUGCGAUCGCACGGUGACAAGCUGUUUAAGUGUGAAGAGUGUGCAAAGCUGUUCAGCCGCAAGGAGAGCUUAAAGCAGCACGUGUCCUACAAGCACAGCCGGAACGAGGUGGACGGCGAGUACCAGUACCGCUGCGGCAGCUGCGGGAAGACCUUCCGCAUGGAGAGCGCGCUGGAGUUCCACAACUGCAGGACGGAUGACAAGACGUUCCGGUGUGAGCUGUGCUUCAGGUUCUUCUCCACCAACAGCAACCUCUCCAAGCACAAGAAGAAGCACGGGGACAAGAAGUUCGCCUGCGAGGUCUGCAGCAAGAUGUUCUACCGCAAGGACGUCAUGCUGGACCACCAGCGGCGGCACCUGGAGGGCGUGCGGCGGGUGAAGAGGGAGGACCUGGACGCCGGCGGGGAGAGCCUGGUCCGCUACAAGAAGGAGCCUUCCGGAUGCCCCGUGUGUGGCAAGGUGUUCUCCUGCCGCAGCAACAUGAACAAGCACCUCCUCACCCACGGCGACAAGAAAUACACCUGUGAGAUCUGCGGGCGCAAGUUCUUCCGUGUGGACGUGCUCAGGGACCACAUCCACGUCCACUUCAAGGACAUUGCGCUGAUGGACGAGCACCAGCGGGAGGAGUUCAUCGGCAAGAUCGGGAUCUCCUCGGAGGAGAACGAGGACAACUCGGACGAGAGCGCCGACUCGGAGCCGCACAAGUACAGCUGCAAGCGCUGUCAGCUCACGUUCGGCCGCGGGAAGGAGUACCUGAAGCACAUCAUGGAGGUGCACAAGGAGAAGGGCCACGGCUGCAGCAUCUGCCACCGGCGCUUCGCGCUCAAGGCCACCUACCACGCCCACAUGGUCAUCCACCGCGAGAACCUGCCCGACCCCAACGUGCAGAAGUACAUCCACCCCUGCGAGAUCUGCGGGCGGAUCUUCAACAGCAUCGGGAACCUGGAGCGCCACAAGCUCAUCCACACAGGUGUGAAGAGCCACGCCUGCGAGCAGUGCGGCAAGUCCUUCGCCAGGAAGGACAUGCUCAAGGAGCACAUGCGCGUGCACGACAACAUCCGCGAGUACCUGUGCGCCGAGUGCGGGAAAGGCAUGAAGACCAAGCACGCGCUCCGCCACCACAUGAAGCUGCACAAGGGCAUCAAGGAGUACGAGUGCAAGGAGUGCCACCGCAAGUUCGCGCAGAAGGUCAACAUGCUCAAGCACUACAAGCGGCACACGGGGAUUAAAGACUUCAUGUGCGAGCUGUGUGGGAAGACCUUCAGCGAGCGGAACACCAUGGAGACCCACAAGCUCAUCCACACAGUGGGCAAGCAGUGGACGUGCUCCGUGUGCGACAAGAAGUACGUCACCGAGUACAUGCUGCAGAAGCACAUGCAGCUCACCCACGACAAGGUGGAGGCGCAGAGCUGCCAGCUGUGCGGCACCAAGGUGUCCACGCGGGCCUCCAUGAGCAGACACAUGCGGCGCAAGCACCCGGAGGUGCUGGCCGUGCGGAUCGACGACCUGGACCACCUCCCAGAGACCACCACCAUCGACGCCUCCUCCAUCGGCAUCGUCCAGCCCGAGCUGGGCCUGGAGCAGGAGGAGCUGGCGGACGGGAAGCACGCCAAGACCCCCAAGCGCAGCCACAAGCGGAAGCGGAAGCCGGAGGAGGAGGCGGGGACCCCGGUGGCCGAGGAGGGGGCCCCCUUCGGCGAGUACGCGGAGAAGGAGCUGGAGCCCGAGUUCACGGGCGGCGUGGGCGACGAGACCAACUCGGCCGUGCAGAGCAUCCAGCAGGUGGUGGUGACCCUGGGGGACCCCAGCGCGGCCGCCCCGCCCAGCUCCGUCGGCCUGACCAACAUCACCGUCACGCCCGUCACCACCACGCCCGGGACUCAGUUUACCAGCCUGCAGCCGGUGGCCGUGGGGCCCCUCGCCACCCCCGAGCGCCAGCUCCAGCUGGACAACUCCAUCCUGACCGUGACCUUCGACACGGUCAGCGGCCCCGCCAUGCUGCACAACCGCGGGAGCGACGUGCAGCUGCACCCCCCGCCCGAGGCCGCGGGCGCGCCCUCGGUGGCGCACUUCAUCAACCUCACCACGCUGGUGAACUCCAUCACGCCCCUGGGGAGCCAGCUGGGCGAGCAGCACCCCCUCACCUGGCGGGCCGUGCCCCAGACGGACGCGCUGCCGCCGCCCCGGCCCCCCGCGCCCCCCCAGCAGGCCGCGCCGCCCCAGGGCCCGCCCGAGCAGCCGCAGAUGUUCAGCUACUGA